UCCGCUCGGCCGGCGCGCCUGGCGGCUCCCGCCGAUCGGGGAGAGCCUGGGCGGCCUUUUUCUCUUAGAUGGCGGCGGUGGCCGUGCGGUGAGGGUGUUGCCGCUGUGGCCAGGCGGCGGGCGAGCUUCGAUCACCGCAGGCUCCCUUCCCCCACAGCCACCUGCCCCUCUCCUCUCCUGGGAACAGAACUGUGCCUCCACCUCUGGCGACCUCGGCCGUUGCAUCACUGCCCCCGUCCACGUGCCGCGCUGGGGUCCCGGGGUGGCCGUGCCUGGCCAUGCUCUGAGACCCCCUAGUGCCUGAGGGUCUCGCGCGUGUCCUCUGACCCAGCCCUCGCAGGUGGAAGAAGAGAGGUGCCACUUUGGCAUGAAGACCGAGUCGCUUAGUCGUCAGUCAUUUAAGCUGAGUGCAUUGUGAUUUCCAAUAAUUGAGGCAGUGGUUCUAAAAGCUGUCUACAUUAAUGAAAAGAGCAAUGUGGCCAGCUUGACUAAACCGCCAGCGUGCGCAACGCGGCCAGGACGGCCCCGGGUGUCGACGGACUCGUGCAUGUUAGCUGUAGAGAUAUAUGUGAGGUGUUUUAGAACUCUGGUCUCUUAAAGUAGUCUUAAGCGCUUUUACUAUGGAGACGUGUGAGAGUGCCUCUCCGCUCGCGCGUGAGGCCACAGGAGAAGCGGUGACGGAGAACCGAGCUUGCCCCUUCCUGGCGCCGCCCCGUGAACAGUCUCCACCACCUCCCCUGCAAACGUCCAGUGAUGCAGAGGUAAUGGACGUUGGCUCUGGUGGUGAUGGACAGUCCGAACCCCCUGCUGAGGACCCAUUCAACUUCCACGGAGCGUCACUUCUCUGCAAAGGAUCCUUCUCUAAGGGCCGCCUCCUCAUAGACCCGCACUGCAGUGGCCGCAGCCCGCGCACCGCCCGGCACGCACCUGCGGGCCGCAAGUUCUCCCCUGACCUUAAGUUACUUAAGGAUGUAAAGAUUAGCGUGAGCUUUACCGAGAGCUGCAGGAGUCAGGACAGGAAGGUGCUGUACACGGGAGUGGAGCGCGACGCUCGGGCCGAGUGCGGCCCGCUCCUUAGUCCCGUCCGUGGAGACGUGCAUGCUUGUGCCUUUGGCGGGGGCGUCGGGAACGGGGUAGGCCUGGGGGGUGAGAGCGCGGAUAAGAAGGAUGAGGAGAGUGAGCUGGAGCAGGAAAAGAGAGUGGAGUACGCAGUGCUCGAUGAGUUAGAAGAUUUUACUGACAAUUUGGAGCUAGAUGAAGAAGGAGCAGGCGGGUUCACGGCCAAAGCGAUCGUUCAGAGAGACAGAGCGGACGAAGAGGCCUUGAACUUCUCCUACGAGGAUGACUUUGACAACGAUGUGGAUGCCCUGCUGGAGGAAGGCCUCAGCGCUCCCAAGAAGAGGCGGCUGGACGAGAAGUACGCAGGGGACAGUGACCAUGCGUCCGACGGCGAGACGAGCGUGCAGCCGAUGAUGACCAAGAUUAAGACAGUGCUCAAAAGUCGUGGCCGCCCACCCACAGAGCCGCUCCCCGACGGCUGGAUCAUGACAUUCCACAACUCCGGCGUGCCCGUGUACCUGCACCGCGAGUCCCGGGUGGUCACCUGGUCCAGGCCGUACUUCUUGGGAACGGGAAGCAUACGGAAACACGACCCUCCUCUGAGUAGCAUCCCUUGCCUGCACUACAAGAAAAUGAAGGACAACGAGGAGCAGGAGCAGAGCCAGGAGCGCAGCCCCAGUGGGGAGGUGUCCCCCACCAAACCCCUGAGCCGAUCCGCAGAGCUCGAGUUUGCACCGGAAGAGCCCGACUCGGGGCCCCAGGAUGAGAAAGAUGGCCUGGGGGCCGAGGCAGCGGCCGGGGCCCUCGGGCAGGUGAAGGCCAAGGUGGAAGUGUGCAAGGAUGAGUCGGUGGAUCUGGAGGAAUUUCGGAACUACCUGGAGAAGCGCUUUGACUUUGAGCAAGUCACUGUGAAAAAGUUCCGGACCUGGGCCGAGCGGCGGCAGUUCAACCGCGAAAUGAAGCGGAAGCAGGCCGAGUCCGAGCGGCCCAUCCUGCCUGCCAAUCAGAAGCUCAUCACUUUGUCAGUGCAGGAUGCACCCACCAAGAAAGAGUUUGUCAUCAAUCCCAAUGGGAAGUCGGAAGUGUGCAUCCUGCACGAGUAUAUGCAGCGUGUACUCAAGGUCCGCCCCGUGUACAAUUUCUUUGAAUGUGAGAACCCAAGUGAGCCUUUUGGUGCCUCGGUGACCAUUGAUGGUGUGACUUACGGCUCUGGAACUGCAAGCAGCAAGAAACUUGCGAAGAAUAAAGCUGCCCGAGCCACACUGGAAAUCCUCAUACCUGACUUCGUGAAACAGACCUCCGAGGAGAAGCCCAAAGACAGUGAGGAGCUGGAGUAUUUUAACCACAUCAGUAUCGAGGACUCGCGGGUCUACGAGCUGACCAGCAAGGCUGGGCUGUUGUCUCCAUAUCAAAUCCUCCAUGAGUGCCUUAAAAGAAACCAUGGAAUGGGUGACACAUCCAUCAAGUUUGAGGUGGUUCCUGGUAAAAACCAGAAGAGCGAAUACGUCAUGGCGUGCGGCAAGCACACAGUGCGCGGGUGGUGCAAGAACAAGAGAGUCGGUAAGCAGUUGGCCUCUCAAAAGAUCCUCCAGCUGCUGCAUCCCCAUGUCAAGAACUGGGGCUCCUUACUGCGCAUGUACGGCCGUGAAAGCAGCAAGAUGGUCAAACAGGAGACCUCAGACAAGAGCGUGAUCGAACUGCAGCAGUACGCCAAGAAGAACAAGCCCAACCUGCACAUCCUGAGCAAGCUCCAGGAGGAGAUGAAGAGGCUGGCUGAGGAACGGGAAGAGACUCGGAAGAAGCCCAAGAUGUCGAUUGUGGCGUCUGCUCAGCCCGGUGGCGAGCCCCUAUGCACCGUGGACGUGUGAGCAGGUGGCAUGGGCUGGGGCUGCCAGCCAUACUCCCAGCAAGACUACCAGCCUCCGUAGCUGCCGCCUCUGUGGCCAGUGUUGGAGGGCCUGGGCCAGAAGCUGGGGUACACCGAACAAGCCAGCCCUGUCCGGGAGGGGCUCCAGAGGGAGGAUGGACAUUUUGGGACCGCCUCCCGGCAGCCUGGAAGCAGGCAGUUCCUAGGUAGCCGUAGUACCUACUAUGUGUGCUGCCGCCACUGCCUGUUUUUAGUGGACAUUUUCAUGAGUUUUAGUGUAGUGCGCACUGGCAACCCAAGAGACUCGGACAGCAGAUGAAAUGAGAGCGGGCAGCCACGCCCUGUGGCUGUGGCUGGCCCACAGCGCCCAAGCUCCCGCGUAGUCAGAUGGCGCCCAUGGGCCCUCUCCCCUCCUGCCUCCUGUAUUUUCUCUGAGAAAGAUCCAGUGGUCCAAAAUAAAUGCAGUUUUAGCCUCAGAAUGCUUUUCAGAGAUCACAGGCAGGCAGGCCAUCUGGAGGGCGCUGGCCUGGCCUCUCCCUGCCUGUCUUGCCAGCCUACCUGGUGCCCUGGCUGUCUCGGCUGCUUUUCUGGGUCAGUCUAAAUGCUCUGCAGUCCGCCUCAACGCUGAGGCCACCGUAGUCACUGGCCUCUGGUGCCAGUUUUUUGUUUUUUUUUUUUUACAAAGAUGUGUGCAGUUAAGCCCACCUGUGCAGACAUCAAUUUUUAAAGCUUUUAUGGCAUUUUAGCAUUUGGAGAGAAACUUUUGCAGCAAGUAGAAAGAUAAAUUUGGAAUCUUGCAUUUUAGUAAGAGAUGAUAUCGAAGCAGGAAAUGGGGCCUCUGUGCAGCCUGGCCUGCUGCUCACUGGGCUGUUCUCCCAUUCCCUGUGCUCACUGCGUGUCUACAGGGGGCUCCUUUCCCAGCACGUGGCCUAGGCUGGCUACGCUUGGGCACCGUCAGACACAGCAGCGUUGCAGUGUCACCACACCCAAGGAUGCUGAUGGGCCAUGUGCCAGCUUCAGCAUCUCCUGCACUGAGUGAAUGAGUUGGCUUCUAUGUGGUCCCCAGGGAAAGCUCCACAUCCCACUGCUGUAAUCGCUUUUGUCUUGCUUCCUGUCUGCAGCUUUGCAUAGAAAAUUGACGCUGACUUGCCCUUGAACAGCCAAAUGCACCCAGGAGCCAAAGCCCAUGCGCCUGAUCCCCUGGGGCCUGGGAGCCGCACGGUGGCACUAGCACAGUGGGUUGCAGCUACCACCUCCCUCCAGCCACUGUGUGCACAGGCAUGCUGGGUACUGGUGCCAAUGCUGCUUGUGUGCCAGCUCUGGUUGCCUGAAGCAUAAAGCAAACUGUCCAAGAGGGA